AGAGGCAGCAGUCCAGUGUCUCCUCAGCCUGGGCGGGUUCUGCGGCUGCCCCUGCGGAAGGGCCGCCGGGGCCGUCCGCGCAGCUGAGACAGGGCCCACCCGAGCGAAGCGCCGUGAGAGUCCGGGGUAUUUUUGUUGAAAGUAGAUAAAAUGGCAACAUUAAUACAUACUUUAACAGAUCAUAGUGAUGAUAUCAACUACUGUGCCUUCUCAUCAUCGUGCUUGGCUACUUGUUCCUUGGACAAAACAAUUCGCGUAUAUUCUCUGAACAACUUUACUGAGCUUCCAUACUCACCUUUAAAAGGUCAUACAUAUGCUGUCCACUGCUGCUGCUUCUCUCCAUCGGGACACAUUUUAGCUUCAUGUUCAACUGAUGGCACUACCAUGAUUUGGGACACUCAGGAUGGUCGGAUGCUGGCAGUGCUGGAGCAGCCCAGCAGCAGUCCUGUUAGAGUCUGCCGAUUUUCUCCCGACUCCACCUGUCUGGUGUCGGGGGCAGCAGAUGGGAGUGUAGUUCUUUGGAAUGUGCAGUCAUUGAAACUCUACAGAUCUGGGAAUGUUAAAGAUGGUUCUUUGGUGGCCUGUGCGUUUUCUCCUAAUGGAAAUUUCUUUGUCACUGGAUCAUCGUGUGGUGAUUUAACCAUUUGGGAUGACAAAAUGAGAUGCCUGUGUAAUGAGAAAGCACAUGAUCUUGGAGUUACCUGCUGUGAUAUUUCUUCACAGCCAGUUUCAGAUGGUGAACACGGAUUCAGAUACUUCCAGAUGGCUUCGUGUGGUCAAGAUAAUCAGAUCAAACUCUGGCUUAUUUUGUUUGCAGAUUUCCUAGGUGUUGAAUUAAAAUAUAAAUGCACAUUGAAUGGACAUUCUGCCCCAGUUCUGGCUUGUGCAUUUUCUCAUGAUGGGCAGAUGUUAGUUUCAGGGUCUGUGGACAAGUGUGUCAUAAUGUAUGAAACUAGUACUGGCAAUACCCUUUAUACUUUGUCUCAGCAUACCAGAUAUGUUACAACUUGUGCUUUUGCACCAGAUAGUCACUUAUUUGCCACAGGUUCCAUGGAUAAAACUGUGAACAUAUGGCAGUUUGACCUUAAGCAACCCUGUGCAGGAAAUAUCAUAGAAAAUGCAUCUAAGGUGGCUGUUGAGGACUGGUCAGAGGAUGAUGUUUCGGCCUGGCUUUGUGCACAAGACUUAGCAGACUUUGUUGGACUUUUCAAAGUAAAUAACAUUGAUGGCAAGGAACUACUGAAUCUUACCAAAGAAAGUCUGAUUAAUGAAUUAAAAAUUGAGUCUCUAGGCUUGCGCAGGAAAGUCCUCCAGAAAAUUGAAGAACUGAGGAUGAAAACAAUUUCUGUUCCCAUUACAAUCCCUGAUGAGUUCUUAUGUCCUAUAACAAGGGAGCUUAUGAAGGAUCCUGUCAUUGCAGCAGAUGGCUAUUCCUAUGAAAAGGAAGCAAUAGAAAACUGGAUCAACAGUAAGAGACGAUCUAGUCCCAUGACAAAUCUUCCUCUCCCCUCUCCUAUGCUUACACCAAACAGGACACUAAAAAUGGCAAUCAGCCGCUGGCUGGAGACUCAGCAGAAACAUGUGUAAACCACCAAGUUCUGAAGUCAUUUGUUCAAAUCAGUUGAAAUGAAACUGUAUGUAGCUAAAAGAAAAAACUGCAUCAGAAACAAUGGGGGGG